UAGAAUGAGAUUUUUGAGUGCAAAUAGUAGCUCCCAAUUUAAAAUAUGUGAAUUUUAUCAACCUAAAAUGGUCCGAUUAUGUAAACAAGUAUUUAGUUAGUGAAAAGAGGGCUGCCGAAACUAAUAAGGGAAGAAGGAAGAAAUAGAGAAGAUGCUAACGGUUGCCGGCCUUCAAACAAGUAUUUAUUUGUCCUUUCCAAACCUUACGAAAGAAAUAGGUGCCUGCCGGAUUUGGAUGGGGGUGUCAAAACUAAUAAGUCAAGAAGGAAGAAAUAGAGAAUAUGCUAUACCAUUGCUAAAAAAAAAUACAAAUAAGGAAAUAAGGAAGGAAGAAAGAAAGAAAGAAGAGGAGCCAAAAUAAUUGAAACCAGAAGCAACAAUGGCAGCAGCAAAGAUGAUAGGAUCAGCACUGCUGGGAGGCUUUGUGUUAUUCGUAUUAUAUGUCUAUGAAUCUUUGGUCUUAAAGCCAAAGAGGCUAAGAUCAAAGCUUCAAAGGCAAGGGAUCAGAGGGCCUCCCCCUUCAUCAAUUCUCUUAGGCAAUAUCCCGGACAUGAAGAGCAUCAAACUCAAGGUGAUGAGGGAGAAGUCAACAGCUACAGAAACAAGUAGUACCAGUGUCUCAAAAGACCAGCAUGUUUCGAUUGAUCAUGAUUGGCCUUCAACCCUUUUCCCUCAUUUAGCGCAAUGGCGAAACGACUAUGGGCCAAACUUCACAUAUUUAACUGGAAGCAUACAGCAAUUAAGCAUAACAGAUUUAGAAAUGGUAAAGGAAGUUUGUUUGUGUAGAUCUUUGAACUUAGGGAGGCCUACUUUCGUAUCUAAGGAUCGUAAGCCACUGUUCGGCCAAGGAAUUAUAGCGUCAAAUGGUCCAAUUUGGUUGCACCAAAAAAAAAUUAUUGGUCCAGAGUUCUACUUUGAAAGGGUUAAGGGUAUGGUGGAUUUGAUGGUGGACUCCACAACCACCAUGUUGAGAUCUUGGGAGAGUAAAAUCGAAAACGAAGGAGGAAGUGCAGCCUUAGAAGUUGAUAAGGAUUUGAGAAGCUUGUCGGCCGAUAUUAUAUCAAGAACGUCGUUUGGAAGUAAUUAUUCACAAGGGAAAGAAAUAUUUUUAAAGCUCAGAACUCUUCAGAAGAUCAUGUCCCAGGGAAACACUGGUGUACCGGGUGCGAGACACUUACCAACGAAAAACAACAGAUUGAUAUGGAGAUUAGAGAAAGAGAUCCGUGCUAUGAUUUUAAGGGUUGCGAAGGAACGCAGUACUGAGUCUACUUGUGAGAAGGAUCUUCUGCAAAUAAUACUCGAGGGAGCCAAAAAUUAUGAAGACGCUCCUAGCCUAUUUUCAGGUAUAUCCCAGGAUAGUUUUAUAGUGGAUAAUUGCAAGAGUAUAUACUUUGCUGGCCACGAAACCACUGCCACAGCAGCGUCUUGGAGCUUGAUGUUAUUAGCUGCACAUCAAGACUGGCAAACUUGUGCGCGUGCUGAGGUGCUUGAAUUUUGUAGGGAUGGCAUUCCAGAUGCUGAUUUGCUUCGAAACAUGAAAAUAUUGAAUAUGGUGAUUCAAGAGACAUUGCGCCUGUACUCACCAUCAACGGUUGUUGCAAGAGAAGCCUUGGAAGAUAUUGAGCUGAAAGGCAUUCUAAUUCCCAAAGGAACGAACAUUCAGAUUCCAAUUCCUAUUGUGCAUCGACUUCCUGAUAUCUGGGGUCCCGAUGCCCAUGAAUUCAAUCCGAAAAGAUUCGAGCAUGGAAUUGCUGGGGCUUGCAAGUUUCCUCAGGCUUAUAUGCCAUUUGGAGUUGGUGCUCGUAUCUGUACUGGCCAACACUUUGCCAUGACAGAGUUGAAGGUGAUUCUGUCACUUAUUCUGUCCAAGUUUUCCUUCUCACUAUCACCAGAAUACCAACACUCCCCGGCUUAUACGUUGGUUAUUAUGGAACCCGAGCACGGAGUACGUCUCCAUAUGAGGAGAGUGUGA